GGCGAAGAAGAGCUCCAUCCAAGGCCAAGCUGGCUUCAUCCUCCACCCAACUUGAUCCAAGGAGGAGGCGUCGUUGUAGUAGUAGUAGUAGGAACAAGCAGCCGUGGUCGCAAUAAGAGAAAGCGAAGGGGCAGGGAUUCGUGAGCCUAUCGACUGAUGUUGGGUUGGCGGUGAACGUUAUUUUGGUGGGAAGAGAGAGAAGAGCGGAGAGGGCGGGGGGGAAGGUGUCGGCAGGCGCUGCCAAGGUUUGGACUAGCGCCUCGUUGGAGGAGCCGGCAGGCGAAGUCGACGAGGAUGGAGAGGUCGGCUAUGGUGGCGCUGCUCUUGUUCACGCUGCUUGCUGUGCUAGUGAGUAACGGAUAUGCUAGCGGGGCUCCGCCGUCCGGGUCGGUGACCAUCGCUGGGUUCACCUACAACGGCGAUGGAUGCCCCCCAGGAAGUACGGAAGGUGACGUGUCAUCGGAUGGGCAAGCGCUGACGGUGAUGUUCAGCAAGUACACUGCGUCGACGGACAUGGGCGUGGCCGGUAGGCGGAGGUCUUGCUCGGUGUCUGUCAAGCUGGCUUAUCCCCCAGGAUUUAUAUACCAUCUGGGGUCGGUCACGGUGCGCGGCUACGGGUUGCUGGCUGAAGGCGUCACCGGGACAGUUCAGAGCAGCUACUAUGUCGCCGGGGUACCAGGGACGGCGAAGGCGAAGCGCGUCAUAAAGGGGCCGUUCGACGACGAUUUCGAGUUCACCGACGGCUUCGAGUCCAUCGCAUCCAGCGAGUGCAGCUCAGUUAGGAACCUGAACAUCAAGACCGAGGUGCGAGUGGAUCCCGGCAAUACGUCGAAAAAUGGAUUGAUGACCAUCGACUCCGCAGAUCUAAGGCUCACGGAAGUCUUCAGUAUCGUCUGGACGGCGUGCUAAGCUGCCCAAACGUAACGUAACGGCUGAGCUGCGCUAGCUCAAUGCAAUGGCUGACCUGCGCUAGCUUAAUGCAAUGGCUGAGCUGCACUAACGCUACGUCACGGCUGAGCUUCGCGAAGGUAACGUAAUGGCUGAGCUGCGCUAGCGUAACGUAGCUGCUGUCCUGCCCAGACGUAACGUAACGAUUGAGCUGCGCUAACGUAACGUAUUGGCAGAGCCUAACGUAACGUAAUGGCAGAGCCUAACGUAACGUAAUGGCAGAGCCUAACGUAACGUAACGGCUGAGCUGUUCUAACGUAACGUAACGGCUGGGCUGCGCCAACGUAAUGUAGCGGAAGAGCUGCGCUAUCGUAACGGCUGAACUACGGUAACGGGACGGCCGCCCACCGAGCGAGGACAAGAAGAUUUGAGGGAUGGGAAAGCUAGUUACUAAGUGCUUGUGGGCGGGGGGAAACACGCUAGAAGACUGGGGGAAGGAUGAGUCGGAGGAGAAGUGCGAAAGAGAUCGCCUAGGCGGAAGAAAAAGUAGGAUUGCCAAGUGCUCUGUUGCAAUCUUAGCAGUAGUCUGACUUUUGUAGUAAAGGAGGUUUCUGUAGCUGCUCGAGCUCCCGCCGAGCGGAUCGCUAGGUAGGUCUUGUGGGCUAAGUUACGUGCGUGCGUCGCUCAGCCUAAUAUGCGCGCCAAGCUGGCCAUGCAAUGCAGUGGUACUCGUUCCGCUUGCCGUUUGCUAUUAGAGUAGGAUGGCUACGGCGGAACGUUCGGAUUUUUUAAAUUGACGGCGUAAGCCAAUAGUGCUGAGCUGGGGUCCCAAUAAUCUCUCCAUCUCUCUCUCUCUCACUCUUUCUCCCUCUCCCUUUUUCCUUCCUCUCUUUCUCUAUGUAUGUCUCUCUCCCUCUCUCUCUGUCUCUGUCUCUGUCUCCGUCUGUCUCCGUCUGUCUCUGACUGUCUCUGUGUUCGUCUAUUGCUUCCUUUCGUUCUAUUCACAACACAAUUUAUCUGACUAUCUAUGGCAAUCUAGCUCACUCUCGAUAUCUAUCUAUCUAUCUAUCUAUCUAUCUAUCUAUCUAUCUGUGUCUAUAUGGCUACAUGUCUAUAUAGACUGUAUAUACGUCUUUAUGCAUAUGUAUCUGUGUCAGUAUGUUCAUCGAUGUAAAGAAAACGCUGAUGUUUCUAGCUCCCUAGUACACUUUUCUGUGUGUUGCUGAGAGUGAGACACGAGAUUUGAAUUGCUGUCAGUGCUGUUGCUGCUUUGGACAGGGAGGCCUCGCAGUUGGAAGACUUCUGGAGCUUGCUUCGUGUC